CGUCGCUACGCAGGCGCGGAGGGGCGAAUUCGGCACUGGACGAACAUGGCGGGCCCGGCGAUUACUGCGAGGCUGUAUUCCCUGCUAUUCCGCAGGACCUCCACCUUCGCCCUCACCAUCGCUGUGGGCGCCCUGUUCUUCGAGCGCGCCUUCGACCAAGGCGCAGACGCGAUCUACGAAAACAUCAACCAGGGGAAGCUGUGGAAACACAUCAAGCACAAGUAUGAAAACCAAGAAUAGUUCCUCGGAAGUCUCUGCCCAGGCCAGAAGAACCAGGUCCACUCAUCAACUGUUUGCCCGGAACCAGGGCCUCAGCUUGAAGAUGAUGGUUAAGUUUUCCUUAUGGACCAUCUUUAACCUUUUGCAAGAACUGGCUUCACCUGACAGACUCUUUUAACUUCUGUGUUUGAAAUAUGUAUAGUUAGAGUCAUCCACAAAUAAAUGUAAAUUGUCUUCAGA